UGCGGGACCGUACGGCACUUCCGCCCGUCCAGCUUCGCCCGGAACCUGCGCCGCCGGCGCGGACAUGGGGGCCGCCGGCGUGGCCCGGCUGCACGGGCUCUUUGCGACCUACAAGCCCCCCGGGCUGCACUGGAAGCACCUGCGGGAUACGGUGGAGCUGCAGCUUCUGAAGGGUCUCAAUGCUGGGAAGCCGCCUGCCCCUGAGCAGCGUGUUCGCUUUCUGCUGGGUCCUGUGGAAGGCAGCGAAGAGAAGGAGCUGACCCUCACAGCCACCAGUGUGCCCACCCUCACCAACCAUCCGCUGGUACGUGGACCAGCAUUCACCAGCCUGAAGAUUGGCGUGGGACACCGGCUGGAUGCCCAGGCAUCUGGGGUGCUUGUGCUCGGCGUGGGACAGGGACGCAGUCUCCUCACCGACAUGUACAACGCACACCUCACCAAGGAUUACACGGUUCGCGGCCUCCUGGGCAAAGCCACGGAUGACUUCCGCGAGGACGGGCGGCUGGUGGAGAAGACCACGUAUGACCACGUGACCAGAGAAAAACUGGAUCGAAUCCUGGCGGUGAUCCAAGGCUCCCAUCAGAAGGCCCUGGUGACGUACUCCAACCUCGAUCUGCAGACCCAGGAGGCCUACGAGAUGGCCGUGAAAGGCUUGAUCCGGCCCAUGAACAAGUCCCCGAUGCUGAUAACUGGCAUCCGAUGCCUCCACUUUGCGCCUCCAGAAUUCCUCUUAGAGGUGCAGUGCAUGCAUGAGACGCAGAAGCAGCUGCGGAGACUGGUGCAUGAAAUCGGCCUGGAGCUGAAGACCACCGCUGUCUGCUCCCACGUGCGGCGCACGCGAGAUGGCUUCUUCACCCUGGAGGAUGCCCUCCUGAGGACCCAGUGGGACCUGCACAGCAUCCAGGAUGCCAUCCAGGUCGCAGCCCCCCGGGUGGCAGCUGAGCUGGAGAAGAACUUGAGGCUGGGGCUGGGCACCCAGCAGCUCCAUGGUCCAGGCUGGAAUGGGGACAACGAGAGGCCAAGCCCUGCCUUGGAAAGCUGGACAGUGGGUGGGUAAAGAUCAGAGUUGUUCAUGAGCUGGGACGGACGACUGCAGAGAGAGUAGGGGAAGUUUUAUUACAUGAGAUGUGAGACUUUGAAGCUGUAGGAGAAAACACUUGACCCAACUGAAAAGGAAAAACUUUUAUAUGGAGAAAAAGAUGAUACAUGCAUGACAGACUGAUAAAAAUAUUUGCAAUGCUUAAUGAAGAACUGAUAUCCAUAAUAUAGAAGGAGCUCUUAUAAAACAAGAAAAUUGGGCAAAUGACAUGAAUCAUAUGUAUAUAUUUAAAAAUAAAUAAAUAAAUAAAUAAAUAAAUCUAGCCUGGCCGGCAUGGCUCAGUGGUUGAGCAUCAACCUGUGAACUAGGAGGUCACAGUUCGAUUCCCGGUCAGGGCACAUGUGGGACAUGCAGGAGACAGCCCAUCAAUGAUUCAAUGAUUCUUUGUUGAUGUUUAUUUUUCUUCCUUUUUUUUUUUUUAAAAAAAUACACACACACACACACACACACACACACACUAGUGGCCCAGUGCACAGAUUCGUGCACAUUGAAAGGAAGUUAAUUAGAAUAAAUAUUUUAAUAUCACUAUUCGCCCUUUCUCUAUAAUAGGAGUGUCAACCAGAUUCACAAUCAACAAUGACAGAUCAAGACACGCAUGCAAUUGGCGCCAGUGAGAGCUUUAUAUGUAUCGCACAUGCACGAGUCAAUUUAUAUAUAUAGAAUAAACUUUCUCAUUUAAAAAAAAAAAGAAAAAAGUCAUAAAAAGAUGACAUCCGGCAAUGAUGACCUGAGAAGAUGGGUGAUCUGUACUGUUAGUGGAAAUAUACAGCUAUAAGCUUUUAGGAGGGAUCUGGUCGUGUGUAUCAGAUUUAAACUACUACCUUAUGACUUAGUUUCAGGAAUCUACUAACAUUGGUUGUAGAAAGUUAUAGAUACAUAGAUGUCAUAACUACAUUGUAAUACAGUGGGGCCUUGACUUACGAGUUUAAUUCGUUCCGUGAUGGAGCUCGUAACUCAAAUUACUCGUAUGUCAAAUCAAAAAGUGAAUGAGUGAGACACGUGGUGCUGGGCUGAUGUUGUGGCAUUCACUGUGACGUUCGCUGCGCCAACUAGCGGUGGGGUAUCUGAAGCUGGCUCGUAACCCGAAUUUUAGCUCGCAACUCAAAGCAAAAGAUCGGCCGAGAGACGGCUCGUAUCUUGAAAAACUCAUUAGUCAGGACACUCGUAAGUCAAGGCCCCACUGUAGUUACAAGUGGGAAACAUGAUCACCAUCCAUCAGUAAGGAACUGCUUAAGUACAGCAUAUACAGGAUCCAAAGAUCUGAUACCGUCAAGAAAAUGACCCCUCCCCCAUUUUUCUAGCCAUUUUCUUGCCAAUUUUAUUUCUCUCGGCUUUGGAUACAUUGCCCCGGUGCACUCUCUCUGUUUGGCCUGGUGGUUUUAACCUGUAGGCAUGUGGGUAUUUGCCACUGAGAACACUCAGACUCAAGUGAGUUGGCCUCUGGCUAGAGCUCCGGUUUGGGCCCUGAGGGGAAGCAUUGCUUGUCUCUGGUCUCUGCUGUCUUCUCGGGAGCGGAGGCCCCGUCACCAGGGCUCCUCACCUUCACUCCGGGCACCCGCAGCUCAGAGCAGUGCUGAGCAGAUGUGGGCUCCUGGCUGUGAGGCCUCAAAAGCUCCCUUCUCCGUAGCAUGAGCAGAAUGAUUUCGCCCGCCUCCCCACCCCUGGGGAUUGUGGUGGGGACAAAAGAAAUCAUGGUCGGGUGCUUGUCACAGGCCUGGCACGUAUGAUUCUCUCUGUAUGUGAGCUGUCUGCUUGCUGUGGCUACACUUCUGAACAGUGACCUUAAAGGGUUGUCACAGGUAGAAUCGGAGACCUUCCCUCCCUUACAUUGUUUCUCUGGUAUAAAAAUCAGUUGGAAAAUGGGCAAACAUGACCUCAGCCAGGUGAUUAAAGGUCAACAUCAACAGUGAUAAGUCAUGUUGCUAGUAUGUACUCUUUUAAAAAAUAUAUAUAGCCCUAACUGGUUUGGCUCAGUGGAUAGAGCGUCGGCCUGCGGACUGAAGGGUCCCAGAUUCCGUUCUGGUCAAGGGCAUGUACCUUAAUUGCAUGCACAUCCCCAGUAGGGGGUGUGCAGGAGGCAGCUGAUCAAUGUUUCACUGAUGUUUCUAACUCUCUAUCCCUUUCCCUUCCUCUCUGUAAAAAAAUCAAUAAAAUUUUUAAAAAGCUGCUCAACUUUAAAAAUAAUAUAUAUAUUAAUUUCAGAGAGGAAGGGGGAGGGAGAGAGAGAUAGAAACAUCAAUGAUGAGAGAGAAUCAUUGAUUGGCUGCCUCCUGCACGCCCCACACUGGGGAUCAAGCCCGUAACCCGGGCAUGUGCCUUGACCGAGAAUGGAACCGGCUACCUCCUGGUGCAUGAGACAAAGCUCAACCUACUGGGCUACACUGGCCAGGCCUCUUGAUGUGAUGGGAUGGGAUGGGAUGAAAAUGGCCCUUUACAUUGGAGGGCUUCCUCCCAAUAACCCACAACAAAUAUAUCAAACUCAUGUGAGAUGUUAAUACUAUGGGAAACUGCCGAGUAUAUGGGAAUGCUCUAUACUCUCAAGUUUUCUGCAAACAACUUACUAAAAAAGUCAAUUAAAAAACACACAAACAUUGUCUGGAGAGAUCUUUGAGAAUCCAGGUUCUAACCCAAACUCUUGGGUUCUGAUUCGGUAGGUCUGGAGUGGAGCCCUCGUGGCGGGGCUCAGAGAGCUCCAGGUUAGUGAACAUACCUUGGCGCUGAGGGGGGCACACCCGGAGAGCGCCCCUCACCCCUUCUCCCACCCUGCCCUGUGCGUCGCGUCCAUUCGCCUGUUCCUCACUGUACCCUUUA